UAAUCCUAUGCUCAUAGCACCGUAGUAUUUCAAAAAUGUCAUCUGAUGGUAGUUUAGGUGGUUACUUUCUGUUGUCAGUCACUGGACAGAUUGAAAAGGCUGACUUUCCACUCCAUGACUAUAUAUGGUGCAAGUACUGCUUCGCAACUGGUCAAGACUGGACCAAAUUAACCGGCCUCGAUGAAGGGAUGACUCAAACUUCUAUUAAAGGUGUUGGUUGCAAUGAUCAGAACAAUUUCAACUUUCCAAUUGACAUUUCAUGGAAGUCUACAAACCCAUUCGGUUGGCCUCAAAUCGUCCUUCAUGCUUAUGGCGUUGACGUCUUUGGUAAGGAUGUUUUGCGAGGUUACGGUGCCGUUCACGUUCCAAUGAAGAUCGGAAGUUUAAUGCAAAUGGAUAUUUGUUUUUGAAAACCUCAAGUUGAGCUAAUCUGUUUUAUCACUGUUUUGCAUGUGACAAUUGAGAUAUUUAGCAUCGCUGAUAUUCA